CAUUUUAUUACUCAUUCGAAAUGGAACGCCUGCGGACGACGGGCAGUCGCUAAAGAAAGAAUCCUCACGAAGCAGAAGUUUUGAACGCCCCUGAUCCUUAUAAUCAUCCCUCGCCAAAAUCCCUAUCCAUCAAUGGCUGCCAAGAAAGAGUCCAAACCCCAUGAAGGAGAGAGGAAAAUACCGGUGUUCACAGUCCUAAAGAAUGGUGACAUCCUCAAGAACAUCUUUAUCGUCAACAAUCCAGCACCGCCGUCACUACCGUCUGUUUCCCAUAACCCAGAUCAAGAAUACGAAGAAAUCGUGACCGUCGGACGACACCCCAAUUGCAAUAUUACGUUAACUCAUCCCAGCAUCAGCAGAUUCCACCUUCAAAUUCAGUCAGAAGCCUGUAAGCAACGGCUCUCUGUCAUGGACUUAUCGUCCGUGCAUGGGACCUGGGUCUCGGAGAAGAAGGUGGAGCCGGGGGAAUGCGUGGAGCUAAUGGAGGGUGAUACGGUGAGGCUUGGUAGCUCCACCAGAGUCUAUAGGCUGCAUUGGAUUCCUAUGAGCCACGCGUAUGAUUUGGAAAAUCCAUUCGUGCCACCCGAGUUGGUGUCCAUGACUAAGGAGAAAGAAGAGGAAAUUUAUCUGGAUGAGAAACCUUCAUCGAUUGGAAAUGAAAAUAUUGAAGAAAAAGAUUCAUUGGUAGUGCAAGGAAAAGAGGAAGAGAAAUAUCAGGAUAAUAACUGGUUUUCAGUUGACAAUAGAGACAUUCACUCACUCGAUCCAAUUUUGGACGAUCUAGAUUCUUUAUUUUCUGGUGUAAACUUGGAAUGGAUUGGGAACAAGGAAAUACCAUCAGCUCCCCCUUUGCCUGAAUUCUUGAUAAGUGAUGAAAAGGAAGUUGAUGAGAACCCAUCAAGAAUUGUUGGUGAACCGAGGGAUAUCUUGAGCCCCUGUUCCGGGCACUUUGGACCUGGAUCUGGGUCGGGGGACUUGUCUCUGCCUGUUGGGGGAGUCAUACUGGGGACUGAAGAUCAGCAAUUAGAGAAAGAAAACUGGAACCCAAAACGUCACUCUGUCAUUGAUGUGGUAUUUGAAAUAGAAAAUCCGGAGAGCCACUCAAGAAGUUCAGAGCAGGAGUUUAAGCCUUCGGAAAACAUAGAUUCCUCAGUUUUUGUUCAGGAGGGAGAAGCAACGAAUUGGGUGGAUGCUUCAAGACUAACGCCUGUAAAUUUCAUCAUAGAGAACUCGUCAUUGUCAGUUGAGGAAUUUCCUGAAAAGACUAUCAAUCAACAAGUAAAUGAAGAAAACCUGGCCCCACAGCCUCUCUUGGCUUUACUAUCACUACCCCAUGCAGGAAAUGAGGAUAACUGCACAGCAGAACAAAAAAUUAACUUGCUGGUGAGCCCGGACUCUGCAAGUUGUGAUAAAGAGAACCAUUUGGUAGCUCAAUUGCUUGAAGAAACUGAACACGUGAGUGUAUCAAGGAAAGACCACAACAUGAGGGAAAUCUCAAGCCUUCAUUCUGUACCUAUUGCGACAAAAUACAUGGACUCAUCUUUGGUUCCUGGGGAGGGUACUGAUACAGUUCUCUCAGAAAUGCAGACUGUAUUUGCUGCAGCAGGACUAUCUGAAGCAAAACUCUCGGAAAGUUCCUCACUUGGAUUGGAAAAACAAUGCAGUAUUUGGUCAAGAAGAGGUAAACCUGAUAGUGUUAAGAUCCAAACAGGUGCAGGUGAGAGUAGAGGUAAGAAAGUCAGGGCUGCUAUUGAUGCUGAAGUUGAAUCAUAUAGUCAGGAUGAUAUAGAAAAUAACCAUCUUUCAAAGGCUCUUUUUACUGGUUUACAUGAGCAGGAAGAAAUCUUUACCCCUGAGAAGGAGAAUUUCACCCCAAACGCUCUUCUGAAUUCCUUGAGUAAGAAGGGUGUGCUUGAAGAAACUAAGCACUCUAAGUCAAGCGCAUCAUCCUAUUCAAAGGAGACUUUCAGCACUGGUAUCCAUCCAGAAAUAGAGCCUCUUCAAAGGGCUGGUAUUGAUGCUGAAGUUGUGUUAAAUAGUCCAGAGGAUAUUGAAAAUAACUCAACUUCAAAAGCCCUUUUUACUGGUUUACAUGAGCAGGAAGAAGUCUUCACCCCAGAUAAGGAGAAUUUCACCCCAAAAGCUUUUGUGAAUUCCUUGAGAAAGAAGGGUAGGAUUGAAGAAACUAAGAACUCUCAGUCAAGUGCAUCAUCAUGUUCAAAGUUGACUUUCAGCCCUGGUAUCCAUCCAGAAAAAGAGCUUCUUCAAAGGGCUGGUAUUGAUGCUGAAGUUGAAUUAGAUAGUCAGGAGGAUACAGAAAAGAACUCAACUUCAAAGGCUCUUUUUACUGGUUUACAUGAGCAGGAAGAAAUCUUUACCCCGGAUAAGGAGAAUUUCACCCCAAAAACUCUUGUGAAUUCCUUGAGAAAGAAGGGUAGGAUUGAAGAAACUAAGCAUUUUAAGUCAUGCUUAUCAUCCUCUUCAAAGGUGAUUUUAAGCCCUGGUAUCCAUCCAGAAAAAGACAUGACCGCUUGUCUAGACAACGGAAAACCAACACAAAAAGUUUGUCAAGAACGGGAAUCAGGUAGACCAGAUUCAAUAAAUCGAGGGAGGUUGGACCAAGAGAUUGUGCCAAUAAGGAGAAUAUCUGAACGGGUGCCCUUUCAACCUUUACUUGUAGAUAGUCAGGAGGAUACAAAAAAGAACUCAACUUCAAAGGCUCUUUUUACUGGUUUACAUGAGCAGGAAGAAAUCUUUACCCCGGAUAAGGAGAAUUUCACCACAAAAACUCUUGUGAAUUCCUUGAGAAAGAAGGGUAGGAUUGAAGAUACCAAGCACUUUAAGUCAUGCUUAUCAUCCUCUUCAAAGGUGGUUUUAAGCCCUGGUAUCCAUUCAGAAAAAGACAUGACUGCUUGUCUACACAACGGAAAAUCAACACAAAAAGUUUGUCAAGAACGGGAAUCAGCUAGACCAGCUUCAAUAAAUCGAGGGAGGUUGGACCAAGAGAUUGUGCCAACAAGGAGAAUAUCAGAACGGGUGCCCUUUCAACCUUUACUUGUGGACCCCACAGGAAAGAGUAAAGCAGAAGCUUCAGUCCCUGAAACUGCUAUGAGAAGCUGCAAUUCUGAAGUUGAGGACAGUAACAUCUCUUCUAACAACACCACUGGAGAGGCCGGGAGAAGCUGGACCAUGGUAGUGGACGCUACUACUCUUCUAAACAAGGAGUCAAGGAAGUCAUUACAUCUUUUACAGGGUCUCAAAGGAACUCAUUUGAUCAUUCCAAGAACAGUCAUGAGGGAACUGGAUUGUCUUAAGCGACGUGGUAGUCUGUUCAGAAGAACAACAGAGGCAUCUUCAGCGUUAGAAUGGAUUGAAGAAUGUAUGGUGAGAACAACAUGGUGGAUUCAUGUGCAGAGCUCAUUGGAGGAGGGAAGUAUGAUCGCUCCUACCCCUCCCCUUUCCCCUCAAUCUUGUUAUAGUGAUGGAAGUGUGCGAUUUUCUCAUGGGAUAGCAAACUCAAUGCUAUUUUCAAGUCAUGGGAUUUUGUCAGAAAUUGUUUCACCAACAACAGAAGACCAUAUCCUGGACUGUGCUCUGCUAAACAGGGUAACAAACACUAACAGACGUCUUGUCCUUCUAAGUGACGAUGUCACACUGAAAAUCAAAGCCAUGGCAGAGGGUUUAAUCUGUGAGACGGCGCCCCAAUUCCGUGAGAGCCUGGUUAACCCCUUCUCUGAGAGGUUCUUGUGGGCUGACAGCUCUCCGAGAGGGCUUACAUGGUCUCAUUUUGAUGAUCUGGUUUUAAGGGAACAGUAUUGUCGCUGCCCCUUCAAGAAGUCAGAAAAAGGAGAAGGUGUAAAGGGUCUGAAGCUUAUUCUGUUCCACAACUCUCAUUAUGGGCGGAUCAGUUGAGUCAGCUAAAACAAUUUACUUUUUCUUUUCAGUUUCCCCCCAUCUUCUGCUUUCUGUGUUGAGAAAGGGGAGAGGGGGCUGUUUCAAAUUGGCCUGUUUUGCAGUACCUGGUACCAAUUAUAAAGCUUUUUGAACAAGCGAUGAUUAAAAUUGAAAUGUAGCUUUUUUUCAAGUCCA